UCUCCUCAAGCUGCAUCAGUUGUGGUUAGCAGCCAAGAAAACCUAAUCUUUACUUGUGAAGUAAAAGUGAUAAAAAUCAAAAAGAACCAAGAUGCCUUGCCCAUGCGGAAGCGGAUGCAAAUGCGCCAGCCAGACCACCAAGGGAUCCUGCAACUGCGGAUCGGACUGCAAGUGCGGCGGUGACAAGAAAUCCGCCUGCGGCUGCUCCAAGUGAGCUACACUUCUGGACCAGAAACCGGACCAAAUCCUCAACUCUGAACUGACUUCUGAUUAUUCAGACAGCUAUAUAUUAUAGAAAAAUACCUUUCCUCUCAUUUUCCGUCGCACAAUGUCCAAUAAAAGUAAUUGAAAUUUAA